GAGAAUUGUGGAGAUUGCAGAAGAGAAAGAAAUCGAUUGUGCGAACAGAGAAACCCUAGCGAGCAGAAGAAGAAGAAGAGAAACUAGAACCGAUCAAUCGUGAUGGGGAAGAAGAAGAAGAGAACGGCGGAGAAGGUGUGGUGCUAUUACUGCGACAGAGAGUUCGAGGACGAGAAGAUUCUAGUGCAGCACCAGAAAGCCAAACACUUCAAGUGCCAUGCCUGCCACAAGAAGCUCUCCACUGCUAGCGGCAUGGUCAUUCAUGUCCUUCAAGUUCAUAAAGAGAACGUCACAAAGGUUCCUAAUGCUAAAGACGGUCGAGAUUCAACCGAUAUUGAAGUAUACGGAAUGCAAGGAAUUCCACCUGAUGUCUUGGCUGCUCACUACGGAGAAGAAGAUGAAGAGUCGGCAGCCAAAGUUGCAAAAGUUGAGAUUCCUUCCGCCCCUCUUGGUGCUGCAGUUCCUAGACCAUACGGAAUGGUAUAUCAACCUCAACAAGUCCCUGCUGCUGUGCGACCUAUGUAUUAUCCUGCUGGUCCUAUGCGUCCUCCUGGUCCUGGGUGGCCUAUGCCUCCUCCUCGCCCACAACAAUGGUAUCCACAUAAUCCAGCGGUCUCUGUUCAUCCACCUGCCCAUUUAGGGUAUCAACCGCAACAGCUCUUUCCUGUUCAUGGUAUGGGGAUGACUGUGCCAACACCAUCUCAUCUAGUCAAUGGAGUCACUCCAGUAAAUCCUUCAUCAUCUCCCGCAAUGCCGGUUUCUCAACCUCUGUUCCCUGUUGUGAAUAGCAUCACUCCUUCCCAAGCUUCACCUUUUUCUGCUCCCCUUCCCGUAGGAUCAGUGAACCCAUAUCCGCCUAAUAACUCUUUUCCAGUGGGUGGUGGGACUAAUCCUCAUUCGUAUGCUUCUGGUCCAGACACUAGUGGUCCUUCAAUCGGUCCACCUCCUGUGAUUGCAAAUAAAGCUCCUAGCUCUCAGCCUAAUGAGGUCUAUCUUGUAUGGGAUGAUGAAGCAAUGUCUAUGGAAGAAAGAAGAAUGUCCUUACCGAAAUACAAGAUGCAUGAUGAAACCAGCCAGGUAAGUUCUGAUUUUUUCCUUUUAAAGUUAAAAAAGGAAAGUUUGCUUUGUACGUCUAACCCAUUCGGUAGGCUUUUUGUUUAUACUUCUUCUUCUUUAACUCCAGAGCCUAUUGUUUCUGUGCUGAGAGGUACCUUUUAUUAUUUCAGUUUAUUGUUUCUUCCCUUAGAAUAUGAGAAAUAACGACAUAGACAACAAAAGCAAGCAUGUUUAAUUAUUGAUUUUAGAAUGGUAUAUCUAGUAGCUUGCGAUAGUACUUGCAUCAACUAGUAAAGAAAAAAGUGUGUUUGUAUCUGCUUGCUCUUCAUUGUGUAUCCUCUUUCCUCUUGUAUUAUAUUUAAAAUUUGGUGAUUGGUUCCCCAAGAUCAUUACUCAGCAGGUUUGGUUUCAAACCAGGUCAGAUAUUUUUUUAUAUUUCAUUAAAGUAUGCAAAGUUUGGUACCUUUGCACAGUCACUCUCUCGAGGAAAUAAUAAAAAGAAAACUCUUUAUAGCCUUCGACCAACUUUCUUUUUUUCUUUUUGCUGAGAACCGGGGUUUGCUGUUUUGAAAUGGUUGCAGAUGAACUCGAUAAAUGAAGCUAUAGACAGACGAAUCUCAGAGAGUAGGCUUGCUGGGCGGAUGGCAUUUUAGAGUUUUGACACCAAACCAAACCUGUGUCUCUGAAGAAACCAUCCAAGAAGAGGAUGAUGAUGGGCUUUUGUUACAACUCUUCGCUCACAUUUAUUCAGGUUUUUCAGAAGCUGAACUUGUGAUUUGAAUCUAAGUUAUUAGACUGGUGAGUUUUUAGAGAUCUCAGGGAUGUUAUUUACAAAGGUUUUUGUUCUAAAAAUUGUUUAUUAUAUAAAAGAGAUUCACCCGAAA